AUGACUCGAUUCACGGGCUGUAUUGAUAUUCACAAUGGACAAGUGAAGCAGAUUGUCGGCGGAAGUUUAAGCAGUGACGAAAAUGACCUGAGAACAAAUUUUGUCGCAUCGCAUCCCAGCUCUUACUUUGCCAAGCUUUACCGCGAUAACAACGUUACAGGGUCGCAUGUAAUUAAAUUAGGUCCGGGAUGCGAUGAAGCGGCUAAGGAGGCCCUGCGAGCAUGGCCAAAGGGAUUACAAGUUGGCGGAGGAAUUAAUGCCGAAAAUGCUGCCGAUUGGAUCGCUCAAGGGGCCAGUAAAGUUAUUGUGACGUCAUAUUUGUUCCCUGGCGGAGACCUUGACACCGAGCGUCUUGCUGCACUGGAGAAAGCAGUUGGCAAAGAAAAUCUAAUUAUCGACCUCAGCUGCCGAAGAGUAGACGACGGAUGGGUGGUGGCUAUGGAUAGAUGGCAACGGCUCACUUCGUUCAAAUUGAGCAAACAAUCUCUGGAAGAUUUGGCUCACCACUGUUCAGAGUUUCUUGUCCAUGCAGCAGAUGUUGAGGGAUUAUGCCAAGGCAUUGACGAGGAGCUCGUACGGAAGCUUGCAGAGUGGUCACCCAUUAAAGUUGUUUAUGCUGGAGGCGGUCGUAAUCUGGAUGAUCUGGCGCUCGUCAAAAAACUCAGCGGGGGGAAAGUCGACUUGACCUACGGCAGCGCUCUCGACAUUUUCGGGGGAAGCGGUGUGAAAUUUGAAGAUGCGGUCGCGUGGAACUCGCAGAACUAA